AUGCAUUUGAGGUAUUAUUUGAAUGAGGAGGGCAAACGAGUCUAUACUUUGAAGAAUACUCUUGAAGAUGGUUCAUAUACAUUCAAUGCUCAUCCUGCUAGAUUUAGUCCUGAUGAUGUCAAUUAGAAAUAUCGAGUUGAACUUAAAAAGAGAUUUGGAUUGCUACCUACUUAAGGAGAACCUCAUUAAUUUUGA